AUGCCAUCAGACCUUCCAUUGAAAGAAAUCCCAGGUGGCUAUGGCUUACCCUUUUUCGGCCCGAUUAAAGAUCGCGUCGAUUUCUACUACAAGCAAGGCCAAGAUGAAUUCUUCAGGGCCCGAAUGCAAAAAUAUAACUCAACAGUAUUUAGGGUUAACAACCCUCCGGGCCCUUUCAAUGCAAAAUAUUCAAAAGUUAUUGUUCUUCUUGAUGCGAUUAGUUUCCCAAUCCUUUUCGAUACGUCAAAAGUCGAAAAGAAAAAUGUGUUCAUAGGGACUUAUAUGCUGUCCAUUCAUUGUACAGGGGAUUAUAGAAUUUGUGCAUAUUUGGAUCCUUCUGUGCCCAAACAUGCCAUUCUCACAGGUUUUUACUCGUCACUUCUCAAAAAAUUACACGAAAAAAUCAUCCCCACUUUUCGGAGCUCGAUUUCUGACCAAUUUGUCAAUCUUGAAGAUGAAUUAUCUGAAAAAGGGAAAGCAAAUCUCAAUACUAUUAGUGACAAAAUUGUCGUUCGACUUUUUGUUUCGUUUGUUUGUUAG